UGGGUGUUGCAAACAGUAUUUCUACAAUCUUUUCUCAGAACAUUCUCAGGACAUUCGCAAUGGUUUUGGCGAAUAUUCUAGGCUUCCUCUUAAAAAAAGAACAUUCUCAGUACAUUCUAAGGAUGCAAUUUUGUUAUGUGGGCGCUGCCUGUAUGUGGGUGAAAAAGCCGUCCGCUGGUGGGAUGAAGGAAGAUAAAAGUACCCAGCAUAAACGCGUUUAGUCCAGGGAAUAUAGGUUUCGAUCUCGCAUUAACUGAUGGGGUUCCAAUUUCAUCAGGGAUAUUAUAUAGCAACCUAUAUUAAGCCCUGCAAUGCCAAUGAUCCAGAACUGAACAAAUGUUUUGCAGAACAUGCGAAAGAAGCGGUUCCUUUCUUAGUAAAAGGGGAUAAAAAAUACAAUGUCCACGCCCUAGAUCCUCUUUUUUUGGAAAGGGUAGAUCUGAGACCAAAUAAUCAAAUAAUACUAAAAUUACAGAAAGUUAAAAUCCUAGGACUCGGAGGUCUUAAAAUAAAGGAAGCCAAUGUCGAUUUAAAAAAGAGACACAUCAAAUUGACUAUGUCAGUUUCGAAGUUGGAUGUAUUUGCACAAUAUAAUAUGAGCGGCCAGAUACGCGUUAUCCCAAUUCAUGGUCAGGGACCAAUGGAAAUAAAAUUCACUGAUGCAAACCUAGUAUACGCAUUUGAUUACAACUUGGAGGUCAGGAAAGACUCUAAAACAUAUUUGGGCGACAUAAAGCCUUCCAUUGAUUUUCAAGUGAAAUCAGCACAUUUUUUAUUCGGUAAUUUGUUCGAUGGAAACAAACAAAUAAGUGACAGUACCCACGAAGUACUCAAUAAAAACUGGCAGGAUGUAAUGAAUAUUUUUGGUGACCCCAUAGCAGAAUGCAUCCAGGAAAUAGCGACUACUCUUAUCAAAGCUCUCCUAUAUCCGGUCUCGUUUGACAAAAUAUUUUCAACAAAUUAGAAUUCUCAAAAAUUUACUGUAUUACGUUAGAUUUUGAAAAUAAAAUCUAUUUUUUCAGAGAUAAGA